AUGAAGUCUACUGCUGUUCAUGGAGUUUCAAUGCACACUGAGUUUUUAAAUCAAAAACUUGCAAAAGCAGGAGAAAGGUUCCAUCUCAAGAAGACAUGUUCUGUAGCUGGAUCAGGCACCAGAAGAGGCUCCCCAGCUGUAACUCUAGUGCAGUUACCUUCGGGCCAAACUGUACAUGUACAGGGAGUCAUUCCGACACCACAGCCAUCGGUUAUUCACUCACCACAAAUACAAACUGUUCUGGUAGGAACCAUUGCAGAGACAGAUGAGUCUGCAGAAUCAGAAGAUGUAAUUGAUUCUCAUAAAUGUACAGAAAUCCUUUCACGAAGACCCUCUUUUAGAAAAAUACUGAAUGAACUUUCCUCUGAUGUUCCUGGUAUUCCCAAGAUUGAAGAAAAAUCAAAGGAAGAAGGCACGCCACCUCACAUUGCUACCAUGGCAGUACCGACUAGCAUUUAUCAGACUAGCACGGGCCAAUACACCGCCACUGGUGACAUGCCAACUUACCAGAUGCAAGCACCUACUACGGCCUUGCCACAGGGAGUAGUGAUGGUUUCUUCACCAGGAAGCUUGCACAGUCCCCAGCAGCCAGCAGAAGAAGCAACACGCAAACGAGAGCUGAGGCUAAUGAAGAACAGGGAAGCUGCCGGGGAGUGUCGCAGGAAGAAGAAAGAAUAUGUCAAAUGUCUUGAAAAUCAUGUGGCUGAGCUUGAAAACCAAAACAAGACUCUCAUUGAGGAACUCAAGGCCCUCAAAGAUCUUUAUUGCCAUAAAGCAGAGUAA